AUGUACGUACGUACGAAGUUCUAUGUUGUUACAGACUGACUCACUGGUUCAGUAAGAGAUAAAUAACGUUUUCUAUUUUUGUAAAAUAUAUAUUCCAAAUAACUUAUCAGAUAUGUAAACAUUUCCUAAUUUGUAUUGAAAUAUAUUUCUAUCUGACUAUUAUCUAAUAUAGUUCAGUGUGUUUUCUUCAUCUUGAGUUGGAAACCAUAAAAAGAUAAUCUGCUUGUUUUUUCGUAAAGUACUUUUUAAAAAAUAGAAAUGAAUAAAUAAGCAGAAUACUAUUGUGAUAGACAUAACAAUGUGCCAUGUAUUCUAGUUGUUAAAUCUUCUUGAUUCUUUACUCUAAAUGGAAAGGAUCAAAAAGAUUCUCUUAUUAAAUCAAAAGCUCAAAAUGAAGAAAGUAUCUAGUUACAUAAGUGUUAAUCGAAGCUACUGAAUAAUAUAGCAUUGCUUUUACACAUGAAAGAUAACCUUUACCACUGUACUGUUCGUGCAAUAACACUUUCAGUAUUCAUUAUUUCCUGAUAGUUUAAAAGAUAGAUUACUCAAAAAAGAGUUGUCAACUCAUCAUUUAAUGAAAAUAAAGGAACUAACCAAUUAGGUUCUCUCUUUUUGCUAAUAGAUUUAUCUAAAAAUUUGAUAUAAACCUUCGUCAUUGUACUUGAACUAAUUUAGUUCACAGUAUAUUGAUGAAAAAAAUAUCGAUGAAUAAUAUAUACAACCUUUCAUGUUAAAACAUACUUUUGCUUAUCCCCUUAACAAGCUAACUAAAUCCAAUGGUUCUGUACUUGUUUUUUGUGGACCAGGAAACAAUGGUGGAGAUGGUUUAGUUUGUGCUCGACAUUUGAAAAUGUUUGGUUACAAACCUUCUAUACAUUAUCCUCGUAAUCCAACCAAACAAUUGUAUAAAAAUUUAGUUAUUCAGUGUGAAAAAAUGGACAUUCCUUUUCUAUCAGAUUUGACAAAUGAAACAGUUAACUUAUCUCAAUCUUAUGAUCUAUUCAUCGAUGCACUUUUUGGAUUUGGUUUCAAACCGCCUGUAAGUCUAGAAUUCAAAAGUAUAUUACAAAUUAUGUCAACAAGUCAAAUUCCUGUCAUAUCAAUAGAUGUUCCAUCAGGGUGGAAUGUGGAAACUGGACCAUUAGAUAGUGAAAAUAAUUUAAAACCGGAUUGUUUAAUAUCAUUGACUGCACCGAAAUUAUGUGCUCAAUUCUUUCAAGGACAGUAUCAUUUUCUCGGUGGGAGAUUUGUGCCAGAUGCACUAAUGAAGAAAUACAAGUUGAAACUACCUACAUAUCCUAGUCAUGAGUUAUGUGUACUACUUAAUUCCUCCGAUGAUAAGAAGUAG